CCGUCGUUGACGCCCACCUUGUGCGGCAGGCCGCCCCCCAGAGUCGGGCCCUUUAUAUAUAUUGGGAGCCGGUGGUCCUGCCCGACCCGGCCUUUGCCUCCCACGUAACGAGGUUCUGGGCCCUGGACCACGAAAAAAAUACAAUACGUGCCGCGUGGACUCUGCGGAUACCAAAACUACGGAGCUUAUGUUAGACGGAAGACGACGGCGGUGUGACCUUGUCCAGACGUACAUGUCCUUUGGGUGCCACCGAUCUAUCAUCGUCCGCUGCUUCGACCACAACGACGGGGCCGAAACUCCGACUUACUUUGGACUACCAUAGCCAUACGAAGAACGACGAUACCGGCGACGCACGACGGAACCAGAGUGUACGACACAGGCGAGCACCCCGGGUCCUUCCCAUGGACAUGGCCCUCGAAGUCGAACGGACGCCCCAGCAGAAGCAGCAGCAGUCGAGAGACCAUCUUGAGCAAUGGGCGCGGCAAAGGACCUCGAGAGGCCCGGGAGGGGCGGCGGCGGCGGUUGAGCUGCUGCCGGAGGCAUUACGUGGAGCUGGAAACGCUCCCAUGGGAGGCGGUGCGGCGAACCCGACGGCGCGGAGGCCGAGAUGCGUGGACGACGACGGGGAUCGCCCGAGGCCUCAGCAGCAGCAGCAACCGGCAUCGCCUAAAGCAGGCCGUGACGCUACGGAGACCUCAAAGACGCAAGCCGAGACGAUGCAGAACAGGAUAUCCACAUACAGUCCUGUUAUUCCUAGGAGACACUCGUCCGCGCCGCCACCAGCUCGCCUCCAUGAUGAGACGCAUCAUGGCCGGCCACGACGCCCCCUCCCUGGCCGGCCGACCGCAGCCGCUACCGGGACCACGGCGAUAUCGAAACCCUCGCGCUCCAUGGGCACGCCCUCCCCGCCGCUUCCGAGGCGAGCGGCGUCGUCGGCCCCGUCCUUCAUGCCCAUCGCGGCACUGCUGAACCCCCACACGGGCGGCGUCAAGCGGCGGCGCAGCCGGCUCGACGUCGACGGGCCCAACACGGCGGGCCUGAGCUCCAAGAAGCGCCGCCUGCGCCGCGAUCUCGUGACGAGCAGGCUGUCGCGGCCGUACUCGGAGCCGGCGUCGCACGUGCACUGCCGCUACGGGUCGAUGCGCCGGGUCGCGACGACGGCCGUCGCCAACAGGGCUCUGGUGGGAGGCGGGCUGCAGCAGCAGCAGCAGACUGGCGGCGGCGGGGGCGCGGCGACGACGCAGGCGAAAAAGGGCGGUGGAGGGAACGCGGACGCCCCGAUGGCGUCUCUUCCCUCGACGUCGACGUUUCUGCGCUACUCCAUCAUGAAUAGGAUGAGGAAACGGCUCGGGCUCAGGGGCUCGGGGGUCCUGAGGGUGGGAAAGGCGGAGGCCGCGCAAGGGGGCAUGGGCGGCUUGGCACAGUCGAGCUGGCAUCCGGACAAGACGAGGCCCUCGUCGGGGCCUAAGCUCACGGCGCAAGGCCCUUCUUCGGUCGGAGCAGCGAGCCCCCCCGGCCCGGCACCCUUGCGACGAGCCGUGACGAAGCGGGCAGAGCUGCCUCACCCGGGACACUCCUCCCGAGCCCCGACAAAGCUGAGGAUGCUGUUGCCGCAGCCGCAAUCGCCGCCGCCGUCGGGAUCGCCGCAGCGUCAGCUUCCGCCCCUGAAGAUGUUCCCGCGCGACAAGGACGCCGAGCCGUUCCCCCGAAGCGCUACGGAGCCUCGGCGCUCACCGUUGCCGCCCCUGUCGCCGAGGAAACAACACGUCGCCGAAGAGGCCGCCGGUGGCGCGGACAGCUUCGGGUUCCUGCACUCGGACGAGGGGGCGACCGAUGAUGGGCUCGCCGAGGAGCCCGACGACGUGUACUGCGACUUUGGGAUCCUCUUUGGCAGGACGGCUGAGGGCCUGUCCCCCGAGGGAGCGGACCGGCUGGCGGAGAGGGGGCUGGACCCAAACGACGACCUCGCGUGGCUGUUGACGUAGGAGCUGUGUGUGGUUGGCCCCCCCUUUCCCUGAAGCUCGCUCGCGUGAUGAUUUUCGUGAGCGGCAGGAGGAAGCGGACGGAGUUGGGGGCCCAUGAUAGGGUCUAUUUCUUUUUGUUGGGAAAUGGUAGACUAUACAUGGUGGGAGCAAUCUUGACGACCAAGCGGAAAUGAUGUCUAUUUAUCUAUAUACUUCCGGGCUCAUCGCCUACCUAUGCACACGCUUUCUGAUGGCAUAUAGGCCUGCCCCUUUGUGACGGGGUGAGACUACGACAGCUGAGUCUAAGCGAGAGAGAAGAGGGGGGGGGGAUUGUCAUAGC